AUGAUACAAACGAUACCAUGGGGAGCAGUAGUCAUAUCCGGAUGCAUGAUUGUUUAUGUAAUAUUUCUUGGAUUCGCUAGCUAUUCUCCCAGCUUUGAAAACAAAAACUUCUAUGGAGAGUACCCAGCGAUUGCUGGAAACCUUCCUAGUAUCUACAGAGGGAUGCGAAGUGAUGAUUCUAAUCUCAAUUCUUCUAUUUCAACAGUUUCUUAUGAUCCAUGGGAUCUGUGUGAUCUUCCGAAAUAUGACGUCUGGGAUGAAGAGAUCAUACUUUACGUAAAUCCAAAUAAAGAUCCACUGAAGGAUUGUGACAGGACGUUCAAACCAUUCACAGAGCUCAAGAAUUCAUCGUGGAGAGUAGUUAGCCUUAAUAAAAACUUGGAGUGUAAGACGAGAUGUCACAGGAGGAAAAGUGAGCGACAAAACGAAAUCAGCAAGUGGAACUUCACUCAAGGUCCCGUGGACUGUGAAUUCUUGGAAGCUGUUUGUUCAGAAAAUAAAGAAGAUGUAUAUGGAUAUUUGCAUUCUCAAGUGAUUCCAAAGCCUCCGAUCGAAAAACCAAAAAUUGACACGGCUGGUUUGAUGCAAUUUGAUGUUUUUGUGAUCUUGCUAGAUUCGUUGUCCUAUUCACAAGGAAAAAGGUCCCUUCCAAGAACCCUAUCAUAUUUCACUAAUCACAUGGACGGUGUCAUAUUUCCAUACAUGAACAAAAUUGGGGAGAACAGCCGGCCAAAUGGUAUUCCUAUUUGGUUUGGCAAGUCAUUAGAAAAAAUCGAUAGGAGUCUGUUUGAUGAAGAAGUUAUCCCUCCGGAUUGGUCUCAUAAGUAUUUCUGCAAAACGUUCAAGGAUAAUGAGACAAAUAUCUUCAGCGAGUUCCAUGAUUAUGGAUAUAGGACACUUCUCGCUGAAGAUUGGGCUGAGGGUACAAUGAAUUGGCCAAACUACCAAAAAAAAUUUGGCUGGGUUUGGGCUAUUGAUCUCGGACAUAAUUCAGAGAAUGGUUUCACACAUGCUGACAAGGACUUUCAUAACUUUUUGAUAGAACACAGAAAGAAGCUAGACAACUCAUUUGUAUUUCUCCUCGGAGACCACGGGCUAAGAUUUGGAGGAGUACGAAACACUUUUGUGGGAGCACUGGAUGUUAAUAACCCAUUUACCGCAAUUUCAAUACCCAAAGUUUUGAGAAACACUACAAAUAUCCUAGAGUAUGUAGCAGAAAAUGCAAAGAAUAUUCAAAGUCAUUAUGAUACAAGAGCAACUAUUUUGGAUAUUAUGAAGUACCAAUCGGCAAAAAGCUUCACGGAGACCGAAGCUCGUCAAUUUCCUGAAGAGAAAGGAUAUUCAUAUAUUCGAAAACAACCGUCAACGCCUCGAAACUGUCGAAAUAUGCCGAUCCCUCUAGAAUACUGUAUAUGUCAAUUUAAGAAGUCUAAAGUUCCGCGCAAUACGAAAACAGCCAAGGAGAUAGGCAAGGCAUUAGCGUUUGCGGUUAACACCCAAAUUGAAGAUGGAAACUUUACUGGUAAUUGUAUCAAAAUGGAAUGGGAGAAGACACUGUCUUUAGAAAUGUAUGAUCAUCAGUUUAAAGGAGCCACUUUGUAUACGGUUACAGCACAAAUGAAAGAACCGAGCAAGGCCGAAUUCAAGAGCAAUGUUAAAAUUGUGGACGGAAAAAUCAAAGUGUUGGGUAUGGUGGAACGGAGUAACAGAUAUGGCAAGACUGCUGAUUGCAUAAAGUCGGAGUACCAUCGACCGUAUUGUUAUUGUAAAAAUCAGAAUGGUUAA